GCGCCGGCUAGCAACUUGUGGGCUCCGCGCCGAGAGGCGGGCAAGCGGGCUCUGCCAGAGGUGGGCCCCAGCCUUGCACCUCCGCCAGGGCUGCCAUAUGCCCUGCCUUUGCGACCGGACGGGCGUGGGAGCAGGGCCCCUCCGAAGCAUGAUCCGCUGGGCACUCAGUGCAUCGCCUAGAAAAACUCACUCACCCUGGACCAGAGACCAUCCUUGAGGAGAAUGAUUGAGACAUUAUGGGCCACUCACUGUGUGUCUGCUCCCGGGGAACUGUCAUCAUUGAAAAUAAGCGUUACCUCUUCAUCCAGAAACUGGGGGAGGGUGGGUUCAGCUAUGUGGACCUAGUGGAGGGGUUACAUGAUGGACACUUCUACGCCCUGAAGCGAAUCCUGUGUCACGAGCAGCAGGACCGGGAGGAAGCCCAGAGAGAAGCAAACAUGCAUCGCCUCUUUCAUCACCCCAACAUCCUUCACCUCGUGGCUUACUGUCUGAGAGAGCGGGGUGCUAAGUAUGAGGCUUGGCUGCUGCUACCCUUCUUCAAAAGAGGCACGCUGUGGAAUGAGAUAGAAAGGCUGAAGGACCAAGGAAACUUCCUGACCGAGGAUCAAAUCCUUCGGCUGCUCCUCGGUAUUUGCAGAGGCUUGGAGGCUAUUCAUGCCAAAGGUUAUGCUCACAGGGACCUGAAGCCCACCAAUAUUUUGCUUGGAGAUGAGGAGCAGCCAGUUUUAAUGGACUUAGGCUCUAUGAAUCAAGCAUGCAUUCAUGUGGAGGGCUCCCGACAGGCCCUAGCACUGCAAGACUGGGCAGCCCAGAGGUGCACCAUCUCCUACCGGGCCCCAGAACUCUUCUCUGUGCAGAGCUACUGUGUCAUCGAUGAGCGGACUGAUGUCUGGUCCCUAGGCUGUGUGCUUUAUGCCAUGAUGUUUGGGGAAGGCCCUUAUGACAUGGUGUUCCAGAAGGGUGACAGUGUGGCCCUUGCUGUUCAGAACCAACUCAACAUCCCACAAAGCCCCAGGCAUUCUCCAGCCCUACGGCAGCUGCUAUCCUCCAUGAUGAACGUGGACCCCCAACAACGCCCUCACGUUCCUCUUCUCCUCAGUCAGUUGGAGAUACUGCAACCUCCAACUCUUGGCCAGCAUACCACUCAAAUAUGAACACACCCGUGGCCAUGUUGAGGAGGUGAUCUCUUGUGAUUUGGAAAGAGGCCCACAUUAUCAGAACUCUUGUCAUUCUACGACGACUGCUCUUACAGAGGGCAGGGGUGGGGACCAUGAUAUCUCAAUCCAGUGUCUGUUCUGGACCAGGGGCUGACUCUGGGUGGGGUGGGAAAGUGAAACAGAAAUUACGUUUUAUAGCUCUGAGCUGGACUGCUGGGCUCACAUCAUGUUCUGCGUCCAAAUCUGGGGGCAGGAAACUGUAUAAACUAGAAAAUAAAGUGCAAGCAGGUUGGUAUG